AUGGCCCCGACGAAACAGGACAUCAACGUGCGUCAAGCUCGAAAUUCUGAGACUGUAGCUAACGGUCACAGAAAACCAGCUCUGAGAGCUCCGACUUUCCCAUUCUGUCUCGGACCGAAUCCUUAUGUUCGAAUGGAGAUGGGACAGGAGUGCAAGAUCUGCAACCGUCCGUUUACGGUAUUCCGCUGGAACCCGGGACAGGGCGGGCGGUUCAAGAAGACGGAGGUGUGCACGACGUGCUCGAAGAUAAAGGGAGUGUGCCAGACCUGCCUCCUUGACCUCGAGUACGGCCUGCCGGUGCAGGUGCGCGAUGCAGCGCUGCAGCGGAAGAACGAGGCGCCGACGGGUGACAUCAACAAGCAAUACUACAUUCAGCAGAUGGAGAGACAGAUGGAGGAGUCAGGAGACGGAAUGGCGUACGACAGUCAGGCGGCGAAUGCGCAGGCGCGCGAGAUGCUGAAGAACCUCGCCCGAAACGACCCCCACUACAAGCGCAACCGACCGCACGUCUGCUCCUUCUUCGCGAAGGGCGAAUGCAAGCGUGGCGACGCCUGUCCGUUCCGGCACGAAGCUGCCGAGACUUCCGCCAGCGGUAACUCGCAGCAGUCCAUCAAGGACAGGUACUACGGUACAAACGACGCGGGAGCACAGAAGAUCUUGCGUGCGGCGGGAGAGGCGAAGGGUCUCAAGACGCCGGAGGACAAGAGCAUUACGACGCUUCUUUUCCUCGGCCUCCCCUCUGUCGGCGAGGACGCGGUCCGAACAGCACUGCACACCGCCGUCCCCUCCGUCAAGCCGACAGACGUGCGCUCCGUCUCCCUCGUGACGGCGAAUAACGUCGCCUUCGUGAACUUUGCGGAUCGCGCCAGCGCAGAGAAAGCGGCUGGCGCCCUGGGCCUGCAGGACGGGAUCGAGAUUGACGGGAAGAAGUGCAAGGUUGUGUGGGGCCGUGCGCGGGCCGGCAAGAGCAAGGCUGCGAAGACUGUUUCGUGA